UGAUUAUAUUUUAAUGUUUGGUCCAUGUUAAGGUUUCAAGCUGUUCCUCGCCCAUUAGGAGCUGCAAAUGCCGCAAGCUUUGUUUGGGAUUAGAUCUCAUCAUCAUCAUCAUCAUCAUCAUCAUCAUCUCAAUCUCAAUAAAUAAAUAUAACAAUCGAUUCUCUGCUACACUUUUUCAUUCAUGGAUGAUGUUACCUUACCUUCACUCUUUCUUCCUAGCAACCUCUGAACCCGAGUCCGAGUUCCUGUUCUGUGGUUCUCAACUGCAUCACCUAGGUGCUUUGUGGAAAACAAGUCACUAAGUUGGUGCCCUUAAGUCCAGGGGGAAGCUUUCCUGGGUUGAUUAGACUGAAUAGUUGCUUUGCCUUGUAAAUUAUCAAGUUUUUUAUCUGCUAGUUGAAGUCAUAGUGAAAGUGGUUUUUGUGUAGUGGCAAGAAUGGCUAGAGGAAGAGUAGAUGGGAACCCGAGAAAGCGGUUGAUCAUAACUGUGUUGGUUUUAUUGAUUGUUGGUGUUUUAUUUUACCUGUAUUCUCGUAGUAGUGACUCAUCUUCUAUUGAGUAUGGUAGCAAAUCUUUGAAAACUGGUGGAGAAGAUGAUAGUUCUAUACCAAAGACCAUUCCAGUAUGUGAUGAUCGUCUCUCUGAGCUAAUUCCCUGUCUAGAUAGAAAUCUCAUAUAUCAAACAAGAUUGAAGCUUGAUCUGACAUUGAUGGAGCAUUAUGAGCGACAUUGCCCAAUGCCUGAGAGGCGUUAUAAUUGUUUGAUUCCGCCUCCUCCAGGGUACAAGAUUCCAAUCAAGUGGCCCAAAAGCAGAGAUCAGGUGUGGAAGGCAAAUAUACCUCAUACUCAUCUUGCAACUGAGAAAUCUGACCAGAACUGGAUGGUUGUAAAAGGUGAAAAGAUAGUUUUUCCUGGUGGAGGAACCCACUUCCAUUACGGUGCUGAUAAAUAUAUUGCAUCAAUUGCCAAUAUGCUCAAUUUUCCGAACAAUGUUAUAAACAACGGAGGAAGACUCCGUAGUGUUCUUGAUGUUGGCUGUGGUGUUGCAAGCUUUGGAGGAUACCUUCUUUCUUCUGAUGUAGUUGCAAUGUCAUUAGCGCCAAAUGAUGUUCAUGAAAACCAAAUCCAGUUUGCUUUAGAGAGAGGGAUUCCAGCAUAUCUUGGUGUAUUAGGGACUCUAAGACUUCCUUAUCCCAGUAGAUCGUUUGAACUUGCUCAUUGUUCUCGCUGUAGAAUUGAUUGGCUUCAAAGGGAUGGCAUACUUCUUCUUGAGCUGGACAGGUUACUCAGGCCAGGAGGCUACUUUGCUUACUCAUCUCCCGAAGCCUAUGCUCAAGAUGAAGAGGAUCGGAGAAUAUGGAGAGAAAUGAACGCUCUUGUGGAGCGGAUGUGUUGGAAAAUAGCUUCAAAGAAGAACCAGACUGUUAUAUGGGUUAAGCCUCUUACAAAUGAUUGUUACUUGAAAAGAGAGCCUGAUACACAGCCUCCACUCUGCAGUUCUGAUGAUGAUCCUGAUGCUGUUUGGGGAGUUAAAAUGAAAGCUUGCAUCUCGCGUUACUCUAAUCAGAUGCACAGAGCAAAAGGAACUGGUUUGUCUCCUUGGCCAGCUCGAUUGACUACUCCACCUCCUCGUCUUGCCGACUUUAACUAUUCGAGUGAAAUGUUUCAAAAGGACAUGGAUGCUUGGCAACAACGGGUUGAUAACUAUUGGAAAAUGCUAGGCAAUAAAAUUAAGCCUGACACAGUUAGAAAUGUGAUGGACAUGAACGCAAAUUUGGGUUCAUUUGCAGCUGCUUUGAAGGAUAAAGAUGUUUGGGUGAUGAAUGUUGUGCCAGAAAAUGGGCCAAACACACUCAAGAUCAUUUAUGAUAGAGGACUAUUAGGAACAGUUCACAACUGGUGUGAAGCAUUUUCAACCUACCCUCGCACUUAUGAUCUUCUCCAUGCAUGGGCCAUAUUUUCUGCUAUCAUUGAGAAAGAGUGCAGUCGAGAGGAUUUAUUGAUUGAGAUGGAUAGAAUCCUCCGACCAAAAGGUUUCGUCAUUGUCCACGAUAAGCGGUCGGUGGUAUUGUCUAUAAAGAAGUUCUUGCCAGCAUUGCACUGGCAAGCAGUGGCCAAAUUUAACGUUGAGGAAGGUUCAGGUCAAGAUGAGGAUGAUGCAGUGUUAAUAAUUCAGAAGAAGAUUUGGCUCACAAGUGAGAGUAUCCGAGCCGCAGAAGAAUGACAUACUUCCACUAUGGUUCGGACUCUCACCAUUUCACUCGGAAGUUCAAAAUCUCUGCAACUAUGAGUGAUAUAUGAAAAUGACCACACCAUUGUGGAAAAUUGCUCUCAGCUCUUUUCAGAUGCUGUCAGUGUUGUUUGAUAUGUCAUUCCUAUUCUCUUCACUGCAGGCACUAGUUACAGUGGAAGCUCAUCCCAAAUCAUCCAUUUUGAACUUAUUUAAUUUUGGACAUCCCCCCCCCCCCCUCCCCUCUGUUAUUGUGAUUAAGAAAAUUAGAUGAAUCUGAUGAAAUGUAGUUUUUUUAGAACAAAUUAAUGGGUAUUGAAAUUUCCUUUUUGUUUUUUUUA